CCUACAUCUAUUCUGAAUUUCUCGCGUUCUUCUCUUCCUUCCCAAUCUCAGCUUUGUACUCCGUAUAUAUCCCAGGCAACCGGACGAAUUUUUGAACAGGCCCUUCCCCGCCUUCCAUUCCUCCUACUACCGAUUGGCUUCACAUGCCGCUUCACGAACAAGACGGAGCGCAGUCUUUCUAUUUUCCCUGUGUCAAACGGGUGGUUCGAUAUCGCAAGUGGCGUUGAACAUCUGUUCUCCCUUCUGCCAGUUAUACUACGCAAGAACACCAACAAACUAUGGCCAUGAACGUGGACACUACUACCGCUCCGCUCAAUGAGAGCGAUCUCCGCAGACACAGCGUGGGAAUGGUAGAGAUUCAAGAUUCUCAUGGAAGAAGAAGGACAGUCCAAUUGGAUGAGCUCAGUGCUGCCGAUCGCGCGCUGGCGGAACAAUUUGGAUACAAACCAGUCUUCAAACGUGAAUUUGGUUAUCUCUCGACCUUCUCCUUCGCUGUAAGUAUUUCAGGCCUGUUUGCGACCACUGCGACCACCUUCGUCUAUCCGCUCGAAGCUGGGGGUUCGGCCUCCGCAGUCUGGUGCUGGUUGAUCUCAGGUGCCGGUUGCAUGUGCAUUGCGUGCUCCGUUGCCGAACUGGUGUCUGCCUAUCCAACAUGCGGUGGCUUGUACUACACCGUCUCACGACUGGCGCCAACCGAAUGGGUACCAUCCAUCUCCUGGAUCACUGGCUGGAUUAAUUUACUCGGACAAGUCGCUGGAAUAGCCUCGUCUGAGUAUGGCUCCGCCCAACUGCUCCUCGCUGCUGUCUCGAUCGGUCGUGAUUUCAACUGGCUCCCCACCACUGGCCAGACUGUUGGUGUAAUGGCCGCACUGACUGUUCUCUGUGGCCUUGUCAACUCCCUGUCGACCUACUGGAUGGAGAAGAUGACCAAGACCUAUGUCAUUUUCCACUUUGCCAUUCUCAUCUCUUGCGCCGUUGCUCUUCUGGCCAAAACCGAGGACAAGCACGAUGCCCACUACGUAUUUACCCACGUCGAAGGGAACGCGGGUUGGUUUCCAGUAGGGUGGUCAUUCUUGUUCGGCUUCUUGUCAGUAUCGUGGACCAUGACUGAUUACGAUGCUACCGCGCACAUUACUGAAGAAAUUGCACAACCUGAGAUCAAGGCGCCUUGGGCCAUCUCGAUGGCCAUGGCUUGCACGUACGUCCUCGGCUGGCUGUUCAACAUUGUGCUGUGCUUCUGUAUGGGCGAUCCCACCGAGAUCCUCGCCUCCCCGAUUACCCAGCCCGUUGCCCAGAUCUUCUACAACUCCCUCGGCAAAGGAGCCGGCAUCUUCUUCACAGUCUGCGCGUUCAUCAUCUUGCAGUUUGUCUGCUUUACCGCGACACAAGCCCUGGCACGGACCGUGUUCGCCUUUUCCCGCGAUAAGCUGAUUCCCUUGUCUUGGGUUUGGACCAAGAUCAAUCCCAUCACGCAGACACCAUUGUACGCGGUGUGGAUCAGUAUCUUCUGUUGCAUCGCCAUCAACUUGAUCGCGUUGGGAUCUUACAUUGCCAUUUCAGGUGUGUUCAACGUGUGUGCGAUUGCGCUGGAUUGGUCAUAUGUCAUUCCAAUCGUCUGCAAACUUGCAUUUGGCAAAUUCCAGCCUGGGCCCUGGCAUAUGGGCAAAUUCUCGAAGUUUGUCAAUGCUUGGGCUUGUAUUUGGACUUUCUUCGUCACCAUCAUCUUCAUCCUUCCCACCAUUCGACCCGUCACGCCUGACAACAUGAACUACGCCAUUGUCUUCUUGGGCUUUAUCUUGCUCUGCGCCGCGGUAUUCUGGUACCUUGGUGGCAAGCGAUACUACACCGGACCUUUGAUCGAGGCUGAAAUCCAACAAGAAGAAAUUGGGUCACCUUCUCUAUCUGAAAACGAAAAGAAAGAAACAGACAGUCGGGGCCCUGAUGUUGUUGCAUAACUGAUAUGUCUCUGCCAUUUAAGCUGGACGCGAAAGUUAUUUGCAGGGAGCAAAUCACAUUUCGCCGAGGAAGCAUAUUUUUGGGUGGGAAAAUAUUACACGAAUUUUUGCCCAUGUUGUUAAUCUUUACGAAAUUCACAGGAUCGUUGGAUGUUAAGGUAUACGGCCUACGUGGACUCGUCUUGGGCUAUGGUCUCACUCCACUGUACGCCGUACGUAUGUAACUUUUGGUUUAAUGGACGCAGCUUCUAUAUU